UCCACAAUGGAGAAGAGGGAAGGUGAUAAUCAUGCCAUUGGUCAGAAUGGGGGUCAGAGCAUCAUGCCGAGAAGAAACGCAGGAAACCUUAGCAACUUGAAUGUGGAUAUACAAGUCACCAAUCCACCAGAAGCAGCUGCACUUUUUAAUUUACAUCAAGUACACCAUUUUGGUGAGUUUGAACACCCUUCAGAACAACACCGCAAGCAGGAGCUGUUCCCUAAGUGGCACUUGCCAAUGAAGAUAGCGUCUGUGAUCUCAUUAUUAACAUUUAUUUACACGUCUCUGAGAGAUGUUAUAUAUCCUUUUAUAACCAGAAAGGAAAAUGUUUUCUAUAAAAUUCCAAUCCUUGUCGUAAACAAAGUUUUACCAGUGGUUUCAAUUACCCUUUUAGCACUAGUGUAUUUGCCAGGAAUAUUAGCUGCUGUUUUCCAGCUGUACUUUGGCACCAAGUAUAAAAGGUUUCCCCAGUGGCUGGAUAGAUGGAUGUUAUCAAGAAAGCAAUUUGGACUUCUCAGUUUCUUCUUCGCUACAAUGCACGCCUGCUAUAGCCUAUGCUAUCCGAUGAGAAGAUCAUACAGAUACAAGCUGCUGAACUGGGCAUUCCAGCAGGUAAAACAAAAGAAAGAAAAUGCCUGGAUUGAGCAUGAUGUUUGGAGAAUGGAGAUUUAUGUGUCUCUAGGAAUUCUGGGACUUGCUUUGCUGGCCUUGUUGGCAAUAACAUCAAUCCCAUCUGUCAGCCACUCUUUGACUUGGAGAGAGUUCCACUACGUUCAGAGCAAGAUGGGAUAUUUAACUCUGCUGCUAUGCACUGUUCAUGCACUGGUGUUUGCUUGGAAUAAGUGGGUUGACGUUAACCAAUUUAUCUGGUAUACGCCACCUUCAUUUAUGAUAGCAGUUUUUCUUCCUAUUGUCGUUCUGCUUUGUAAAUGCAUACUGCUUCUCCCAUGUUUUAGGAAGAGGAUAAAAAAGAUCAGAUGUGGUUGGGAAGCUAACACACAAACCAAUCAAACCAGCAUGACUUCCAGACUGUAGAUUAAAUAUGGACAUUUCUAUAUAUGUAAAGAUGCUCAAGGACAUGAAAUAUUCACUCAUGAGCACUGGUUUUAUAUUUUCCAUAGAUGUUUCUUUUUUACUUUUCAUUUUAACUUUAAGAGUUUGGGGUA